AGCAUGGCUCGCGCAAAGCAGAGCCUUUGCGACCAUGGUGCUUUCCCCGACCUCGACACGAGUGCUCGAACGAUUGCGCGCAUACACUCCACCGCCAACGAAUUACUACAACUGCCCACUAAGCCGGCGCGCUGCCGUGCUAAUUGUCCUCUUUCCCGACCACCAUGGCGACCUCAAGGUCGUCCUCACAAUGCGCAGUGCCUCUUUGAGGAACUAUGCAGGCCAAGCAGCACUUCCUGGAGGAAAGGCAGACUCGCUCUCAGAGACGCCUUGGGACACUGCGCGGAGGGAAGCAGAUGAAGAGAUCGGACUUCCUAUGGACGACAGCAAGUUGAAAGGCUUCACGGUCGAGCACCUCUGCGAACUGCCCGCGAACCUCGCAAAGACAGAGCUUGGUGUGCGGCCCUGCAUAGCAUACCUGUCGCCAAUUACUUCUAGUACCAACGAGGCGCCAUCCAGCGCAACCGACAGCAACUUCGAACACCGUCUGAUUCCCCGUCUCGACCCUAAAGAAGUAGCUGCCGUCUUCACCGCCCCAUUCCACGCCUUCCUGCGCAAAGACUGGCCCGGUCCUGGUCCAGCGCCUAUGCAGAAGAACGGCAAGCCCGAGAAAUGGUACCGAGGAAGCUGGACGGACUGGCACGAAAGCCGCUGGCGUAUGCACAACUUCUACAUCCCCAAGCCGCCGCCCUUGUCCCAGGAGAUGCGCAGGAACGCCGCAAAUUCCCAGCCACCGUCUGGGUCUUCGGAUCAUGGCAGCGGUUCACCUGAGGGCGAUGAUCCGAGGCCGGAACCGAGUGCGUUGGAUGAUCUGACGACGUUCAGGGUGUUUGGUAUGACGGCGAGGAUCCUGGUGGAUGCCGCUAGGGUUGCAUAUGGAGAGGAGCCGGAGUUCGAGCAUAACAGCCAUUUUGGUGAUGAGGGGAUGAUUGGGAGACUGUUGAAGAUGGGCAGGCUGAGUGAGGAGAGGAAGAAGGGGGAGGUGCUGACGAAGGAUGUGCUAAGGCAGGCUAGUAAGAUGUAGAAAAUCUUUAGCACAAGGAGGCAUGUACGUC